UUGAAAGGAUCUUCCGCGCUUAGGUUAUGAAAACGUACAAUUAAGUCUCCAAAAUCUUUGAUGCAUUAGUAUUUGUAUUUUAUUUAUUCUUAGUGUAAAUAAUAUCUUUUAAACUUCAAGACAAGAAGCAUGCUGAACGAGAGAUACUGUCGGCUACUGUAUAUGACGAUGAUAACAUUGGACACAGUUUCUAUGGCGAACAUUACAAUAACAAACGAAAAACCAGGCGCCAUACUUCGUGGAAUUGAAAAUAACAAUCUCUCUUUAGAAUGCAUAUUCAACGGUGUUAACAUCAGAAAAACUAUUCUUUGGAGACACAACGACAGAGUAGUGGCAGUAGGUCGUUCUGGAUAUGUGGCGUAUUCUUUUAUUCCAACGAAAAAAGAUCAUUUGUCGGAAUUCUGCUGUCAAGUGCAUGAUGCCAAAAAAGAAAACAUUAUAGAAAAAGUCAUAACACUGCAUAUAAGAUAUAAGCCUGUUCUUGAAUUUAACUUCCCAGAUGAAAGACAUUUUAUCAAAGGAGAAACAAACAGACUGUGCUGUAGUUCUAACAGCAGACCUUCUACUAAAACAAUGUGGUUGUUUAAAGACCAAAACGUAACAAAAGAAGCACAUCUUACUAGCAGUAUCUGUCUUACCUUGAUGAAUAUAAGCGAUAGCGAUGGAGGAAAAUAUUCGUGUAUUGCAGAAAACGAAAUAGGAAAGGAUAGAAAAGGAAUUAACUUCACUGUCCUAUAUCCUCCAAUCAUGGAAAAGCAAUACAUUCACUUUUCUAAAGACGAAGUAUUGCGACAGUUGCAAUGUUUUCCGGAAGGUGUACCAAACCGCUUUACAUUUGGUAGGUGGGAGCACCGUUCAUAUUUCAAUGAACAUAUAAGAUACCUGAAUUCUACGUCUAAUGGAAAGCUUCUGCUACCUAUUUUAAAAAACACGACCAGUAAAUUUGAUGACAGUGGCAUAUAUGUUUGCAAUGCAAGUAAUGGAGUUCCCGAUCCUCACGGGAAUGUAUUCCAGUACGGCGAACUUUUUGUUGUUUGGAAAGGUCCUCCUGUUUUUGUAGAGGAAAACAAAAUAAUACAGUUUGGAAAAUUAAGGGACAACAUUAAAUUAAAGGUGGUUGUGGUUGUGCACAAUGUAUCGAGCAUUGAAUGCAGUCAUAUUGAAGAAGAAAACAGUAUACAUUUACGGCAUGAUAUAGAAAUGAGUCCAAAAAACACAACGCAUGUGUUUCAUGGCACGAAUACUACUAUAGAAGGACUGGAAAUUGUAAUCAGCUUAGCCGUGCUGCAAAAAAGGGAUAAUAAGAAAUAUAAAAUCACAUUAUGCAAUCACCAUGGAAAUAGUAGUUUAAUUGUAGAAUCUAAAUGUAUGAAUACAGAAACUGAAAGACCCCGUGUACUAGGUUUUGGUGUGAUUGUCCUGUCUUUAUUGACUUCCAUACUUAUCAUAUCGGGAAUAGUUGUGGCACUUGUUAAAAGAUUAAGGAAUAAAAGAAUACAAACUUCCGACAAAGCUAUAGAAGUUGUGGAAGGUGGUGCAGAAUCUGUGGAGAAUGUACUUUAUCAGUCAAAUACAUUUAGAUUCAAUGAGGCCAUACAUCGCAGUACUUUGUCAGAACAUGCUACAGGUUCAACCAGUCAAAGGACUGAUAGUUCUAAUGCAGAAAACCAAAGACCGCAGAUAUUAAGCAACAGUUUCCAGGUACCGACAAGACAGUUAAAUUAUGCAGAUAUAACAUUUAAACCUUCUAUACCUGGAAAUGAAAUGCGUAUCAUAGGAAUUGAAAACAAAACUGUCUAUGCCGAUGUCGAUUUAACACACGUGCAGACAGAGGUCCUGAAUACGCCAAAUGAAUUAAAUGGUGACGACGAAGAUUUCGUUCAAAUUGAGGAUCUCGAUACACUCAAUGAAUCGAAUAGUGACGACGAAGAUUUCGUUGAAAUUGAGGAUCUUGCAAUAUUUUCGCAUAUAAAGAAUAAAAUUAACGAUGUUUAAGUAAAAUGCAAAAACAUUGCGCUUAGAUAUAGAUUGAAUGAUAUCACAAUAAAAUAUAGAUAUA